GAGAAUUGAGAAAAAGUUUGAAAUAAUUCUAGAAACAGGCUUAGUAUGUUGCGUGUUACACAGUCAGUCGCACGAACAAAUAAUUAAAAUACACAAUUGAAUAAGUAUAAUACAGGAAAUACAUAACAAAAAUUAAUCAAGAUGUUGCGCAUACCAGGCAUGCCCCUAUUGCCGGGCACGCUAUUUCGCGAUGUUAAUAAAGUGUACUAUCCGAAAUCGCAAUCGUUAUUGAAUUUUCGCGGCAUACCAAUGUUAUCCGAUCGGCUACAGUCGACGCCCGUGGAUCCAGCUGGUGUCGUAGUCGAUAUUAGUUGUCCGCCGGCCCAAGCCCAGGCACUAUAUCCGCCUCGGUCGGGUCCACGGCUGCCGCCCUGGCUGGCCUAUGACAAGAAGGUGCUGAGCUUUAAAGCCUACUUCAAGCAGACACUGCAGGAGAACUUUCAUGCCCCAUAUAUGGUGCGUCAUGUGAAGAUCUUUUAUUAUCUGGAGGACGGUACCAUCGAUAUACACGAGCCAAAGGUCGAGAAUUCGGGAAUUGUUCAAGGCUGUGUACUACAUAGACAACGUGUCCCAAAGCCGCCACCCUGCGAUAAUGAAUUUCUAUCCAUUAUCGAUCUCAAUGUGGACAAGACCGUGCAGAUCUUUGAUCGUAACUAUCAUAUAUUCGAUUGUGAUCACUUUACACGCAAUUUCCUUAACAAACGCGGCAUUGUUGUGCCUGAUCCGGUGCCAGCUGCCAUAGAUCCCGCUGAAGCGGUGCGAAAACGUGGACAGGCUCGUUCCAGCGCUCCGCCAGAGAAACGUCAUCCGUUUGCGCAGUUUCUGAAGUAUGAUCGCCAGAUUCUCAAGUUUCAGGCGUAUUGGGAUGAUCGCACCGAUAUGGGCGAUGUGCGUAAGCUCGAGGUCUGUUAUUAUCUGGCUGAUGAUACCAUUGAGGUGAAGGAGGCGCAUAUACGUAACUCGGGACGCGAUGGACCCACAACAUUCCUCAAGCGUGGACGUCUACAGCGCGAAUUCGAUGGCAUGUUAUUGCCAGGACAACAGACGCCAGUGACGCUACUCAAUGUGUUGGGCUCAUCGAGAAAUGUGCGCUAUUGUGUGGAUCCCCUCAAUUUGGGCAACAAGGAGAUUUUGUAUUAUAGUCAACGUGAUCUUCAGAUCGGUAGCGUCAUCAAUGUCUAUGGUCGUGCCGUAGUCAUCACAGAUAUGGAUCCCUUUACCCGUCAAUAUUAUCGCGAUCAUUAUGGCAUCGAACAGUUUACACCAUUGCCACAGCCGACACGAUCGGAUGUCUGUGCGCCGUACGAUAAAUCGGGAAGAAUGUUACCACCAUAUAACGGUUGGGGCAGCUACGAAGAUUCCGCCGGCAAUUGCAUGUCCAUUGUGAUCAAGCGGCCAAAGACUGAUUUCCGUAAGUUCAUCAAACUCGAUCGUUAUGUGCUACGAUUUGGUGCCAAAAUGUUGUCCACGAUCCGGGAGAAUUGCGAGCGUAUCUUUGUGAUCAGUUAUUAUCUGAGUGAUGAUACGAUGCAGGUGCAAGAGGUCGCUGUGCGAAAUUCGGGCUUCCUUGGUGGUGAGUUCAUGAAACGCACCCGUGUCCUGAUGCCCGGACAGGAGAAAUUCUCGUGCAAACAGCCGCAGUAUUAUAGACCCUGUAAUUUCUUCAUUGGCGCCACCAUGUCGAUCAAGGACUUUAUCUUUCAUCUGGUGUCGGCGGAUGAGUUUACGCUCAUGUAUAUGGAACAUCAUCCGGAACAAUUUACGUACACAAAUAUCGAGCUGAUCUUGGAGAAAAUACGCAAAGCUUUGGAGCCCCGUAUGGCUGAUUUUGUAUCGACUUGUGUGCCGGAUUGCAGCGAUCUGGAGAAGAAAAUGGAGAAACGUGCCGUAUUCGUGUCCUUUGAGAGCCUGAAAGGUGCUCUGAUCGCUCUGAUGGGCAAUGCGAUCAGUGAUCAUGAGAUUAUCACGAUCUGUCGACACUUUUCCGGAGAGCAGGCGCCUCCAAAUGCCUGUUCAAGGGACAAAGUUCUGGCGGCUGCCCAUUUGGAGAUCAAGCGAUCGUUAUGGAACGGUCGGGAUGAAUUAAUGGAGCAUUUCCAUCACAUUAAUCCCACGAAUAAACCAUUUAUGCCCGAAUCUCAGGUGCGCUCCACCUUACGCGGUUUCCGUAUGCCCUUCACAUUGGAACUGAUCGAUAACAUAUUGUCUGUACUGAAUCGCAAUGAUUGCGAUGAUAUCGAGGUCUGUGAUCUGAUGAACUUCAUUGAUGUCUCCUGCUUCAAGGGCUGUGACAUGCCACCGAUCAAUUACGCCUUCGAACUCUGCCCCAAACUUCCCUUUCAGUUCAAGGGACGCGUCGUUGAUUUCGGCUGCCUGUUAAAGGCCUUAAAUCUUCCCCUGAAUCUACCGACGCCCAAAGCCCAGCCCACCAAUAUGAUCGGAGAUGCCCGAAUAUUGCCACCAACCGAAACGGCCAAUUGUUAAUCAUCACGAUCAACGAUUAACGAUCUUCAAUCAUCCACAGGCUACAUCUCAUUUAAUUUUGUUUUGCAUUAUUUGCUGUUGUUUUUUUUUUAAAGUUCCGUAGAUAGAUCGAAAUUUCUUGUACCACGACAUUGGGAGACAACUAAUACCACAAUUCAAGAAACAACAUCAGCAAUAACAGACACCCAAUUAUCAUAUACCAAAUAACAUCACAGGAAAUUGGAUCUAUAUACAACUAUAUAUUUUAAUAAGAAACUACAAAAUCACAUGUAAAUAAUCAAUAAAAACGUAUAGUAUCAGUAACCUACAAA